AUGAUUGCGACAACAGACCAAACAAAAAGUAUCUCUAUCAAAGUACUCGGAAAAACAUGGGAUACAAAAAACGACACACUUACUCUAAAUGAAUCAUCUGUGUCGAGUGAUGAAAGCAUUUUGACAAAACGUAUGAUUUUAAAGCAGAUUGCAUCUGUUUUCGAUCCUCUAGGAUUGUUGUGUCCAGUUGUGCUGGAAGGAAAGAUCCUUCUGCAAUCAAUAUGGAAGAACAAAUAUGAUUGGGAUGAUUUAAUAGAGGAUGAUGACAUUAGUGAAAUUUGGUCAACUGUGAAAAGUGAUAUAAAAUCGAUUUCUGAUUUUAAAAUACCUCGAUCCGUUUCACUGCAGAAAUACGACGAAGAUACAGAAUACAGAUUGUUGUGUUUUUGUGAUGCUUCUGCAAAGGCAUAUGCUACGGCAAUAUAUUUACAUCAGAAAAGCAAGUUAGAAACAAAAGUUGAUUUAGUGUUUGCUAAAAGUAGGCUUGCGCCUUUGAAAGAAAUAACUACCCCAAGGUUAGAAUUAAUGGCAGUUUUGAUAGGAGUACGCUGUUUGAUAUUCGUGAGUAAUCAGCUACAGUUAAACAUCAAAGAAAAAUACUUAUGGACAGAUUCUAAGUGUGUUCUUCACACAUUCACACAUUCUUAA